UGGGUCUUGACGCGAGUUUUGGGUUUCAUGUGGGAAGUUAGCUGACGAAGGGAAGAAGAGGAGGGGGAAAAGUGACAAGAGAAGGCGGACCCAUCCCUGGAAAUACUUUUAGAGUUGUCCUUUACUAUUUUUUUAUACAAUACUCGAACGAGAGGUUGCCAUGUUUCGGAUCGUGGGCACAAGAGCCCCCUUAAAGGCUGCUAGCGCCAAGUUGCUAGAUGACACCUGCACAAGACACUUGCACAGUACGUGUGAUGUGGCCGUGGUGGGCGCCGGCAUUGUGGGCCUGGCCACCGCCCGGGAGCUCAUCAUGCGACACCCCGGCCUCACCUUCACCCUGCUGGAGAAGGAGAAAGAGCUCUCAACCCACCAGAGCGGCCACAACAGCGGCGUGAUCCACAGCGGCAUCUACUACACGCCGGGCUCGCUCAAGGCUCGCCUAUGCGUGCGAGGGGCGGCGCUAGCCUACGAAUACUGCGACAAGAAACAACUGCCCUACAAGAAGUGCGGCAAGCUUAUUGUGGCCGUGGAACAGGAGGAAAUCCCUCGCCUCAAAGCGUUGUACGAACGAGGCCUGAAAAACGAGGUGCCGGGACUCAGCAUGAUAGACGCUAAAGGAAUUAAAGAGCGGGAGCCGUACUGCAGGGGCGUCAUGGCGCUGGACUCCCCAAACACGGGCAUCGUGGACUGGCGGCAGGUAGCGCUGCAGUACGGCAAAGACUUUGAGGAGGCCGGCGGCAAGGUGGUCGCGCAGUUCGAAGUGAGCGACAUCUCCUUGGCCGCCGAGAGCCCAGCAGGGAGCGCUGAAGGACUCAAAUAUCCAAUCAGCAUCAAAGAUAAAAAAGGCAACGAGCUUCGCUGCAGCUACGUGCUGACCUGCGGGGGUCUCUACUCGGACCGCCUGUCGCAAAUUUCCGGGUGCAGCCGGGAGCCUCGCAUCGUCCCCUUCCGAGGAGACUACCUGAUCCUCAAGCCGGACAAGCACUACCUGGUCAAAGGCAACAUUUAUCCCGUGCCCAACCCUCGCUUCCCCUUCUUGGGGGUCCACUUCACGCCGCGCAUGGACGGCAGCAUCUGGCUGGGACCCAACGCCGUGCUGGCCUUCAAGAGGGAAGGAUACAAGAUCUACGACGUCAACGUGAGAGACCUGGCCGACGCGCUCAGCUUCAGAGGUCUUCAGAAGCUCGUGCUGAGGAACAUCUUGUACGGCAUGGGCGAGAUGUACCGAGGCAUCUUCAUCGGGGCGCAGGUUAAGAUCCUCCAAAAGUAUAUACCAGAACUGUCGCGCAGUGACGUGCUCAGGGGUCCGGCUGGCGUGCGAGCGCAAGCGCUGGACCGUGACGGGAACUUGGUGGACGACUUUGUGUUUGACGGCGGCGUGGGCGACCUGGGCAGCCGCGUGCUGCACGUGCGCAACGCUCCCUCGCCCGCCGCCACCUCCUCGCUCGCCAUCGCCGAAAUGGUCGCCGACGAGGUGGAAAAACGUUUUGCGCUGUAAUCGCCGCUGUUCUCGUGAGAGCAACGAGGUCGUGGCCUUCAUUUGGGAAUUCAAGUGGGGGAACAUUUUACGUGUGACUGGUUUUAUUUUUAGAACAGAUCCACUGAGGUUAUUGUUGUGAAACAACAAAGGUUUUCACGAUUUUAGACGUGCCGACUUGAUCUCUGGACUUAAACCCGACACUUAAGAGCCUCGUAAGUAAUUCGUCCAUUUUCUGGAUCACUUGGAAACAUCAGUGUCAUGGGUGAACUGGAGCCGCUUUUUUUUUUUUUUUUUUAGCUGGGGAACAUCUACUUGACUGUUAUGCCAAAGGAUGCACUCACUAAAAUGAAGUCAAACUUCAAAAAUGCACCAACUCUACAGAAUGUGGUUUAUUUUAGAUGAAAAACGGUUUUAUAAGUGAGGUGGAUUUUUAGAACGUUUAUUGUUUGCUGAAAAGCACAUUUUACUUCCAUUCUGGAAGGGGGGGGGGACGGACAUAUCUAUACUGUAUAUUGUUCAUCUAGAAUCACGUUUUUCCCCUUUCUCUUCUUACUGCCAAGUGUCAUGCAACUGCAGCGUGACAGCACGCCACUCAGGAUGUUAUCAUGCCAAAUAUUUACAGUUAAUCACAUACCGUGGCUUUUAACACAUUUGUUUUUGACAAAUAAAUAUGACUGAUUUUAUAUAAUAAAGACAAAGUAUUUUUAAAAGGCAAA